UCUUUUCACGGGGGCAGUGAAGCAAUGUCUGCGGGGCGGAUCUUUGAACAGACUGAAACAUUUCAGUGAAUGCUCUCUCUGACACACGCAGUCAGUGCUUCAGCAACAUGGGGACUCUUUCUAAUCUGCUCUUUUUGCUUCUAACUGUACACUCAGUAAAUGCGCUGAAGUGUUACGUGUGUGGCUCUGCGACAACAAAUCAGGAAUGUAACAAAAGCGAACAGGACUGUCAGGCUCCUCUGGACACCUGCAUGACCACCGUAGGCACACUAGGAGGUUUUACUGCCAUUUCCAAGACAUGCUCCAAUUCAAAACUCUGCACAAGCGCUGCAGCCAUCGCCUCUGUGGACAAUAAUGGAAAUGGUGUGCAGGUGACGUGCUGUAACAGCUACCUGUGCAACUACAGCGGAGCUGCUAGUGUCACACUGCACCGAUGGCUGCUGGUCCUGCCACUGCUCCUCAUCACCCUCCUCUUCAGACAGCACACCUGAAAUGUUAAACACAUCCCAUCAUGGACUAAACGCAUCUUCAUAUUGAAAAUCCUACUGAGCUAACUUUCCCUGCUUCAUUACCUGUUUGGUCAUUUGGUUGAAAAGAAGGAUGCAGAGUCUGUUAAAUGGAUCACGUUUUCCAGACAUCCGAUCAUAUAAAGUAGUUGUAUGAAAACUUUAGAAAGGAAGAAUUGCACAAAAUGAUGGCCUGUGUAAACUAGAGAAUGAAUAUAAUCAAAUGAUAACAUAACCGUGUUGCACAUGAAUUCAGGCCCUAGACAUGUGCAUCUAUGGACAUAUUUAAUAUGGGUUUUAAAGCCUUUUUCCUCUUUUAUUUUUAAUGAAAAUAAAAAUUAUAGUUCUAACAGAUACAAUUCUAAAAUCUAAUGUCUUGAAAGCAAAAUAUUAAUGGAUUAUAAAACAAAGGUAUGUUUUAAACAUGUUGACUACCUAAUAAAAUUAUAAAAAAAACAAGAUGAUUUUCAUUUGGAA